AUGGACCGCAAGGUUCCAUACGGCAUCAACAGUGUGCUCACAGAGAAGCAACAGAGAAACGGGGUGCGGUCCAAGUUAUUCGGCGAGGCUUUUGAACCUCACCGUGCUCUCCGGUUUCCUGAAGUCAUUACCGGCUACGGGGUGCCUCGCAUUGCAAGCUACAUUUCAAAAAUCUUCUGUUCCGAAGGUUUCAGAUUGAUCAGAUCUCCACUGGAGCAUCACCCAACUCUGGCCAAAUCGACCCAACAAACAAAGCUAAUUUCUGGUAUGCUCUUCCACGACGCAGACAACUAA